GUGGGGAGUGGGGGUCUUAGGGAAGAAUCAAGAGAAGAGAAAGGAGCCAUCUGUUCCUAUAGUGGCAGAUAAAGAGGGAGUGAAGAAGAGGACGGACGCAGAGGAGGAAGGGAUGGAGAAUGACCUCAGAUGGAUUUACAAAUGGUGCUAAAGAUUUCAAAGUAAAUAUUUGAGCCAAAAGAAAAUGCUGCCAAGAUGAAGAUGUGGAUUAUCUUUUUGUGUCUGAGCAAUGGAUGGAUGCAAACGUCUUCUACUGCUGAUGUGACCCCCACACCCUCCUCUGCACCCGCGACACCCACUGAAGAUGAGGGCACCAAACUGGUGGAUUGGUUGAUGAAAUAUGGCUACCUCCCACCCUCAGACCCCUCCACUGGGCAGCUGCAGGCCUGGACAGCUGUCACUAACGCUGUGAGGGCCAUGCAGAGGUUUGCAGGCCUCAAAGACACUGGAGUUAUAGAUGAGGAGACAAAUGCGUUGAUGAGGAGUCCACGCUGCUCCCUGCCUGACCAGGAGGACCAAGCCAAACCAGCGGCCAACCAAGAGAGAGGCAACAUGAGGAGAAGGAGGAAAAGGGCCCUCUCCAUGUGGACACGCAGGAGCAUUAACUGGAGGUUGCGUUCAUACCCCUCCUCCUCACAUCUGUCCCGGGAGACCAUUCGCUCCCUGGUGUUCUAUGCUCUGAGAGUGUGGGCAGAGCCAACUCCCCUGGAGUUCCAUGAGGUGGGCAGCCCACAUACAGCAGACCUACAGGUAGACUUCCUCCAUGGUUACCACGGAGAUGGCUAUCCCUUUGACGGGGCAGGAGGUGCAGUCGGCCAUGCUUUCUUCCCAUCAGACGCUGCCCGGGCCGGAGGAGUCCACCUGGAUGCAGAGGAGGAGUGGGCCUUUAGACAGCCAGCCUCUGAGGGUACCGACCUGUUCACAGUGCUGGUCCAUGAGUUUGGCCAUGCUCUGGGCCUUGCUCACUCCUCGUCUCGCAACUCAGUGAUGAGGCCGUACUACCAGGGGCCCGCCGGAGACCCUCUCCACUACCGCCUGGGAGCUCAAGAUCUGGAGCACAUCACUCAGCUCUAUGGGAAAAGGAACCAGCUGCUGGCCACUGAUGCUCCACGCCUCGCCCCAGACCCUCAGCUUCGCCACAGAGGUCACCACCAUCAUCACAAAUAUGGCCCCUUCAUAGACCGCUGUAACACCAGCUUUGAUGCAGUGGCAAGGAUCCGAGGAGAGACUUUCUUCUUCAAAGGUCUGACUAUGUGGCGAGUCAAUGGUGGGGGCUUGGUAUCGAGUCAGGGGGCCUCAGUCAGGAGGCUGUGGAGGGCUCUACCUCCUGACCUGCCUCAGCUGCAUGCUGUGCUGGAGAGACCCUCAGAUCAUGCCAUUAUCUUUAUCAGUGGUUCUCAGUUCUGGCUGUUCAGAGAUCUGUCGCUCCAGGAGGGCUUCCCUCAGCCCCUCUCCUCCCUCAGGAUGGGGCUGAGCUUAGAUGGAGCAGACAAAGUGGAGGAAGCAGCAGCAGAGAGGUGGGGUCUUGUCUGGGAGCCAGAGGAGGGUCCUGUGUGGGGGAACAUGGCAAACGCUGAGGAAGAGAAGCAAGAAGACGACUGGACUCAGCUCCUCAGAGAGGGAGUGAGUGGCAUCACCACAGACAGCGAGGGCUCGGUCUAUCUCUUCAAAGGAGACUCCUACUGGAAGUUCCUGUUUCCAGGCUCCCCAGUGCAGGACGGGUACCCUCGAUCCUCCAGUGCAGACUGGCUGGACUGCCCCGACCCGUCCUCGUCCUCACCUGUGCUGGACGACCUCUCCCUGUCUCUGUCUCCACCUGCUGGCAGACAGGAGCUCAGGGAGAGGUGGAAGGGGGAGACAGAAAAGGAGAAGGAAGGAGGAAGGAGGAGAACCCAUGAGAGGGACAGGCAGGACAGAGGUUUACCCGUCCUGACACAAUGCUCUUGCCAAAAUGGAGCUCUGUGUGGCAGCCCAUCCUCUUGUCUCGCUGCCUUGUUGCUGAUCACUCUGAUGGCCUUGUAAAGCUGCACUAGACAGUGAAGGUCAGCUGUGUUGCCAGAGGAGAGAAACUCAUCUACAAACAUUCCCCAGGUGCUCUCACUAAACCAGCUCCUACUCCUGAGUGAGGGACGGGAAGAUCCAAUCAGAGCUGCAGUUAGCCUAACAGGAUUCAGGCUCUGUGAAGCUGACCGUUGAGCGGCCCGACCAAGCAAGGAGACAGAGGCAGAACGUCCCAAAUACAACCCGGUGUGGGCAUUUCUUUCUCAUUGUGGUACAUGACACACUAACAGGAAACACAGAGCCUAAAUACACACAGACUAAUCAAGCCAACAAGACACAGGUGAGGGGGGAGGAGACAACACAGGGCACCAGGUGAACACAAUCACCAACAAUGAAGCUAUACAAUCCGUAACGGAGGCCGAGAUCUAUGGGCCCAGAGAUCACCUCCGUUACAGGCUCUUUCUGUCCUUUCUGAAGCAGCUGAGCAAGAUGGGAACAUCUUCAUGGACAUCCAAAUCAUGAUAAAAGAAAUAACUCCUCUGUAAUAUACAUUAUAAGAGUAAGACAAAUAAUUUGAAUGGAUAUAAUGUGUGCUUUAUUUGAUUCAGACGGGGGAAGUGUCCUGUAAAGACAUUGGGCCCUAAUGAGGUACUUUAAUUGUGUGAAAAUGUGUUAUCUCAAAUCCAAGCCUUGCUCUCAGGUCCUUUUUUAUGUUGUAUAACGAUUAUGAAUGAGUUAUGAGUUUAAAGCACUUCUCCCCAGUCUUUGUAAAAUUCUUGGAAUAAAAAUGUCCAGCAAUAAUAAAGUAGUUUACUCAGCUGAAUAAA